UAGGAUUGCUCGGCAUUCAUUGGCUGAUUGCAUGAAAGUUGUCACUGCUUACGUCAAUACGCGUAGCUGCUUCCUGAAGCUUAGCAGAUCCAGCAAAAUAGAAGAUGUUGGUCCUGGUGUUAGGUGACCUGCACAUUCCCCACCGAUGCAACACCCUACCAGCCAAGUUCAAGAAGCUGCUAGUGCCAGGCAAAAUCCAGCACAUCCUCUGUACAGGCAACCUUUGCACCAAGGAGAGCUAUGACUACCUGAAGACCCUGGCUGGGGAUGUACACAUCGUCAGGGGAGACUUUGAUGAGAACCUGAACUACCCGGAGCAGAAGGUGGUGACGGUGGGUCAGUUUAAGAUCGGCCUGAUCCAUGGGCACCAGGUGAUCCCCUGGGGGGACAUGGCAAGCCUGGCUCUGCUGCAGAGGCAGCUUGACGUCGACAUCCUCAUCUCUGGACACACGCACAAGUUUGAGGCCUUCGAAAACGAGAACAAGUUCUACAUCAACCCCGGCUCAGCAACUGGAGCCUACAACGCACUGGAAAGCAACAUCAUCCCAUCCUUUGUAUUGAUGGACAUCCAAGCAUCCACAGUGGUGACGUACGUCUACCAGCUCAUCGGAGAUGACGUAAAAGUGGAAAGGAUUGAGUACAAGAAAUCCUAAAACCAGGGCAGUAGGGGGUUCUGUUGUUCACUAAGCGUAUCGUUUCAUUCCUUUCUACCUGCAGCUCCAACUACGUCACCAUUAAUGCUUGACUUGGGCAGGAGCUAACCCGGAGCUGAGUAUCUGCACCUCAAAUGUUCUAUUGCUUGAGCUCCUGUUCCUCUUAUAGAAUAAUAGCGCCAAAGUAUUGUAGAGCUCCUGCACCUAUAUAUAAACAGUACCAGCACACAACAUGAAUACUGGAACCUAUUUCAGUCCAAUUCGAGCACUGGUCACCACAAUGCUAAUGCUGUACCAUAACUGUUUGCCACUUAACUCUAUAAAGAAAUGUAUAAUAUUGUUUAUUUCAUCAGCAUUUGCUUGUGUUCGACCCAUCAUCUGGUGUCUGUAGAGAAUGCCAUAAGGUCACGAGUUUGCCUAAUGUCAUUAAAAUAAAUAUUUUUUAUUUUACGUAUUGGGAUGUAAAAUGUCCUGUAAUUACGUGUAACUCCAUGGCCUUUAUCUUCCUGUAGUGGACCUUCUCUCACUCAUUUUCCCCACAAUAAAAAUCCCAUUUCACUUUCA